CGGGUAUAACGAACUCUUAAGAGUGCAGCGACCGCCAGAUGGGGUAAAGUGAAACGCAGAUGACGCUUCAGUCGAGCAACUGGAAAAUCUGGAAAAACGCCUGCAAAGCAACAUGGCCAGCGUCGUUUUCUUGACUUUGCUAACGAUUUUCGGCUGUCGGGCGUCUCCAGAUGCGAAACGUUUAUAUGAUGAGCUACUAGGAAGUAAAAAGUACAAUAAAUUAAUACGACCAGUUGAUAAUUCAACCGAUACUCUAACCGUCUCCCUCGGGCUACGGCUGACUCAGAUUAUUGAUGUGGAUGAAAAAAAUCAAAUUAUGACGACAAACGUCUGGUUGGAACAAGAGUGGACAGACUACAAGCUUCAAUGGCGACCAGAAGAAUAUGGAGGAGUUACUCGUAUAUAUGUUCCAUCUGAGAAAUUAUGGUUGCCUGAUAUUGUAUUAUAUAAUUCGGCAGAUGGAAAUUUUACUGUCAAAUUAAAAACAAAAGCAACAGUGCAUAAUACGGGUAGAGUAGUAUGGAAACCACCAGCAAUUUACAAAUCUCUCUGUCCAAUUAAUGUCGAAUUUUUUCCAUUCGAUGAACAAUUGUGUACUUUGAAGAUUGGAAGCUGGAGCUACGAUGGCUAUUCUGUGGAUGUAAAACACAAAGAGCUAUCCGAAAAACAGAGCGACUUGGAUGUCGUUGAAAGAGGUAUAGAUCUUGGAGAUUAUUACUCAAGUACAGAGUGGGAUCUACUGGCAGUUCCUGCAAGAAAAUAUCAAAAAUAUUACCCUUGCUGCAGCGAACCAUUUCCAGACAUAAAAUUUAACAUUACGAUAAGAAGGAAAACACUUUUUUAUACAGUAAAUCUUAUUUUACCAUGUGUCGCCAUCUGUAGCGUGACGCUAUUAGUCUUUUACAUACCAGCCAAUUCUGGUGAGAAGAUUACUAUGGGUAUUACAAUUUUAAAUUCUCUCAACAUCUUUUUACUGCUUGUUGCUGAAAUAAAUCCACCGACUUCUUUAGCAACUCCUUUAAUUGGAAAAUAUCUGCUUUUUACAAUGGUACUAGUGACUUGUUCAAUUAUAGUGACAGUUUUUGUGUUAAACAUGCACUUUCGGAGUCCAAGUACUCAUGUCAUGAGUCCUUGGAUAAGGGAGCUCUUCCUGCAAGUUUUACCCAAACUUUUGUUAAUGAGGAGGCCCAUGUCAGCCUACGAAAUAAAAAAUAAUCGGCGGGUGACAGUCAGGAGGGGUGAUGGAUUGGAGACAAGAAAUUUUGAUUAUGAGAAGCAGCCUUAUCAAGAUAAUCUAAUGUAUGUAAGGGAGGAGGAAUAUCAGCAACCACUUCAAGAUUCUUCCAAUUUACCCGCCAAUGCCAUACAAGCCAUGAUCGGUGUUGGCUUCAUUGCAGAACACUUAAAGCAACAGGAUGAAUUUAAUAGAGUAAUUAAUUAUUUAUUAAAUCAUUAAAAAUAUAAAAUUAAUUAACAUACUAAUACAGAGAUGUACUUAUUCAUUUCCAUUCUAAUAGAUAAAACAAGAUUGGCAAUUCGUUGCUAUGGUUCUUGAUCGUCUCUUCCUUUGGAUUUUCUCAGCAGCCUGUAUUGUUGGUACUUUUGGUAUAAUUGUUCAAGCUCCAACUCUCUACGACGAUAGGCCUACACUAGGUUGAAUUCUAAAAAUUUCUAUUUCAAAUACCAAAUUAUGAAAACUGUUCAAGAUGUAAAUAGAAGACUAUGGAAAAAAAAUACACUAGUUUUGUUGUUCUAUUUCAAUGUUCGAUUUAUAGACGCUAUAAAUUCCAAACUAAAAUAAAUUUUGAUAAUAUAAUAUGAAUAAAAGACGAA